CCGUUGAAGGAAGGCGCAAGCGCAUUGGGCAAAGCGUAUGCCACGUCGUGCCUCUCUCCUGGUCGCUGCCGCCGGACCCUCAGACGUUAUGUGAUACAUGUUGAAUUAAAGAAAAUACUUUAUCAAGAGGAUGGCCACUGCACAAUUGCAGAGAACCUCCAUGAGUGCGUUGGUAUUUCCCAGUAAGAUAUCAACUGAGCAGCAGUCUUUAGUGUUAAUGAAGAGGCUUCUAGCAGUUUCAAUAUCCUGCAUCACGUAUUUGAGAGGAAUAUUCCCAGAACGUGCUUAUGGAACAAGAUAUCUAGAUGAUGUGUGUGUCAAAAUUCUGAGAGAAGAGAAGAAUUGUCCAGGAUCUACACAGUUAGUGAAGUGGAUGUUAGGAUGCUAUGAUGCUUUACAGAAAAAAUACCUAAAGAUAAUUGUUCUAGCUGUAUACACUAAUCCAGAAGACCCUCAGACAAUUUCAGAAUGUUACCAGUUUAAAUUCAAGUACACCAGUAAUGGACCAAUCAUGGACUUCAUAAGUACAAACCAAAGCAGUGAAUCUAGUAUGUCAUCUGCUGACACCAAGAAAGCAAGUAUUCUUCUCAUUCGCAAGAUUUAUAUUCUAAUGCAAAAUCUGGAACCUUUACCUAAUGAUGUUUGUUUGACCAUGAAACUUUUUUACUAUGAUGAAGUUACACCCCCAGAUUACAAGCCUCCUGGUUUUAAGAAUAGUGAUUGUGAAGGAGUGAUAUUUGAAGGGGAGCCUAUGUACUUAAAUGUGGGAGAAAUCCCAACACCUUUCCAUAGCUUCAAAGUAAAAGUGACCACUGAGAAAGAACGAAUGGAAAAUAUUGAUUCAGCUAUAUUCGCACCAAAACAAUUAAAAACACCACUUCAAAAUAUUCUCAUGGACAAAGAUGAUUUCAAAGAUGAACAGGAGCAUUACAUAAGUGAUGAUUUUGACAUUGAAACUAGAAUGCAAGAGCAGAAAAAAAGCCCUGGAUCUUCUGAACUUGGAGAACCAGGUGUAGUUUGUGAAGAAGAUGAAACUAUGAGAUCUAAAGAAAGUUCAGAUCUUUCCAUUUCUCAUUCUCAGGUUGAGCAGUUAGUCAGUAAAACAUCUGAACUUGAUGUGUAUGAAAGCAAAACAAGAAGUGGAAAAAUCUUUCACAAUAAAAUGGCUAAUGGAAAUCAACAAGUAAAAUCUUCUAAGAAAAAUCGGAAGAGAAGUCAGCUUGAAUCUGCAAAAACAGUCCUUCAUCACCUUGAUUCUUCUAGUCAAGAGUUAGUGCCCAAAAGAAGAAAGCUUAGUGAACCAAAGAAAAAUAUAUAAAAAAAAAUUUUUCUGCAUGUUUGCGAAGUUCUUCACAACAUUUAAAGGACAUUAUAUUACUGUUUUAAGGUGUGUUUGCCCUACCUCUGAAAACUUAACAUGUAGUCUUAAUCAGUUAGUACACUAAAAUUAAUCCUUAACCGACUGUCAUAUUGUGAUCCUUAAUCUUAUCUGAGACAAACUCAGGAGAACUUUUGAAUAAAAAGUACCAGUGUCAUAAUUUAUUCUGUUAAUUAUCUACUCAAUAUUGAUCUAUCUUCCAUUUUGGUGGACACUUCCUUUUAACAUAUAUUAACGUUUAAGUUCCUCUAAAGCCAUUUUUUGAAGUAAAUAAUGUUUAUUUUGGUAUUAAAUUUUGGUAGUAAUUCACUUUUUACUU